UCUCUCUCUCUCUCAUUCCCUCACUCUUUCCCACAAAACAAACUGAGUCUGAGUCUUGGAGCAGUGCUGUUUCCCAAAGACACCCCCCUCUCUUUCAUUCUCUCUCUCUUGCUUUCUUUCUCUCUCUGCCUCCUCCCUCAUCAUCACCAUCAUCUGUUGUCGAAAUUUUCACGCUCACCCAGGCAGGUGGCUUUGGCUUCAACUUUGGGGUUAGGCUUAAUGGAUGAUAUGGAUUCUUCUUCUUCCCACACCAACAAUAGCAGCAGCAACUGGCUCGCCUUCUCGCUUUCCAACCAUUCCCACCUCUUCCCAAGCGGUGGGAUUCUGGAUCAAGAAAAUGGAAGCUGUACUAGGGCAACUGCAGUAGCAGAUCAGCGUCUGGCGGUGCUCGGCGGCGGAUGUCCGAAGCUGGAGGAUUUCCUCGGUGCCGCCGGAAUCUCUUCCGGCAACGAAGGAAGUGCUGCUGAUGGAUUCGCUGGGCUUAGUAGCAUGCCGGGAGUUGAUAUUUACGACGACUCCGAACUCAAGACAAUCGCUGCCGGUUUCUUAAGCGGGUUUUCCACCGACAAAAGUCGGCAUCCCGCCACCGCGGCGCCGGUGAAGAAAUCCGUCGAGACAUUCGGCCAACGUACAUCUAUUUUCAGAGGAGUUACCAGACACAGGUGGACUGGAAGAUACGAAGCUCAUCUAUGGGACAAUAGUUGCAGAAGAGAAGGCCAAAGUAGGAAAGGCAGACAAGUUUAUUUGGGAGGCUAUGAUAAAGAGGAGAAAGCAGCUAGGGCUUAUGAUCUUGCUGCCCUCAAGUAUUGGGGUCCAACCACCACCACCAAUUUUCCUGCUUCGGACUACGAGAAAGAAAUGGAGGAAAUGAAGCACAUGACUCGGCAGGAAUUUGUGGCUUCACUCAGAAGAAGAAGCAGUGGGUUCUCAAGAGGGGCCUCAAUUUACAGAGGAGUCACCAGACACCACCAGCACGGCCGCUGGCAGGCCAGAAUCGGGAGAGUCGCCGGAAACAAAGAUCUCUAUCUGGGCACAUUUAGUACUCAGGAGGAAGCUGCUGAGGCGUACGACAUUGCUGCGAUCAAAUUCCGGGGACUGAACGCCGUGACCAAUUUCGACAUGAGCCGUUACGACGUGAAGAGCAUUGCCAGCAGCAAUCUGCCAAUCGGCGGCGCCAACGCCGUCAACAAAUCCAAGACAUCAUCGGAGUCCGACAGUAAGAGUGAUGGCCUCCCGUCAUCGUCGGAGGUCGUCCAAAACAAGGAUCUCGCCUCCUCCACGUCACUCCAUUUUCUCUCUCAGAAUUCUUCUACUCCCACAAUAACCUUUAGCGGCCUGCCCAUGAAGCCAGAACAGCCGCCGAACCAUCUCUGGGCCGCCGCUUUAGGGUACCAAACCCCAGCCGGCGCCGCCGUGGCCACAAACCCUAUGUUCCCGGACGCCAGUGCAACGCCCUACUGCGUGGACUUCCCCGCCGGCCGGAGUCAUGAUCAGAAUUUUCUUGCCGGCUACGUGUACUAUCAGCAGCAGCAAAGCAGCAGCAAUGGUACAACUCCUCAAAGCCCAUCCGCCGCCGUCGUUUGCACUAAUGGUACAAGCCGUGAAGCGCAUGUAGGGAUUGUGGGCAACAAUAACAAUAAUAGCAAUAGCAAUAGCAAUAGCAGCAACAGUUGGAUUAAUGCGCAGCAAGCUCCAUCACCAUCAACAGGCCAUACAUUCCAGGGUCCAAAAGCAAGUCUAUCGGCAUUUCAGACACCGAUUUUUGGCGUGGAAUGAAGAGGUGGAGAUAAAUGGUAUAGUAAUUACUAUUACUAUGUAAUGGUGUUUAGCUGUUGUGGGAUACAGAGUUGUAGCUAGGGGGGUGUGGGGGUAGUGAAUUAUGUUCACAGCAACACAACAGAUAGGGUGGGUGGGUGAGUGGGUUGGUCAAAAAAGUGGUGGUCUUUUGUUACUUUGCUUUUAAUGAUUAUUAUUAUUGUUAAUGCAUGGCAUGGAAUGGGGAUGGAUGAAUGGAUGGAUGGGACUGAAAAACAAAAUGGGAUUGACAAUCAUUACCGGGUCGGGUCGGGUCCUCCUGUAUGUCCCAACUGAAUCUUUCUGCUUCUGUUGUUAGGUCAUGGCGUUUUCAAUUCUCUCUUUGCUCUUUUACUGUUACCUUUUCACUUUUGUGGGUGUCUCGUUGGCUUGACCGACGACCGACAGUGAGUUGUGGAAUAUACUUAUGUUUAGGGCUAAUUGUGUUGAGGAGAGUCCCCUUGUGAAUGAUUAAGGUCAAUGAAAAUGGAAGAACUUUUAA